AUGUCUUAAAAUAAAAGUACGUUCGAUCACUUAAAUAGUUAUCUUACUAGGCGACUGUGGAGUAGGCAAGACAACCAUUCUGCACAAGUAACUUUACUGAAUGAGAUCAAGGUUCUUAGAUAUCAAUUCACAACCUGAAACCACUAUUGGAGUUUAGCAUCAUUCAUUUUCUAGAAAUAAUAUAAAAUUUUCAAUUUGGGACACUGCUGGAUAAGAAAAAUAUAGAUCAGUUGUUUCAAGGUAUUUUGUUUAUUAUAUAUUAAAUAUAGUCAUUAUAAAAGAGCCAAAGCAGCUUUAUUAAUUUAUGAUUGUUCAAGUGAAGAAACUUUAUUACAUAUUGAUAAAUGGAUUGAAGAAUUAAUAUUUUAAGUUGGAACAAAAAUAAUAAUGAUUUUAAUAGGAGUAUUAUUAUAUCUAUUUUACUUUAUUAGAAUAAAACAGAUUUACAAAAAGUUGAUUUUAAUGAAUCUGUUUAGAAUUUGUAAGAUAAAUAUGAAAUAAAUUAUCAUAUAUUAACAAAUUAUAAAGAUGUUGAAUUCAAAGAUAAAAUGAAUUAAGUGUUCGAUUAAAUAAGUAUAAGUAAUAUUUUACAAUAUAUUUAUGUUUGGGAUUGCUUGUUUAAAAUUAAUAAUAUUCAUCAAAUAAAUAAAUAUUUGCAUUAAAAUAAGAUGUAAUUCCAUUUAAAUCUUCAACACUCUUUAAUAAUUAUGCAUCAGGUGAUCCAGAAAUUGUUUAAAAUGGAAAAGAGAAACCUUAGGAUGUUUCUAGAGGUAAUGAAAAUGAUAGAUAAUCUUGUGAGUGUUGAUUAUAUAUUAUUAAAUAAACUUAUUUUUAUAAAUCAUUAUGAUAUUAUUCAUCAAAUUAAAAGAUAUCAAGAGAAUAGUAUUAUAUAAAUUAAUUUAUAGAAUCAAGCAGUAUAGUUUUUCUUUUUUAUAUAGAGAUUAUAAAUUUACAGUUUUUAUCCUAAUGA